GAGAUGUACACCAUCGAGCGGAACGCCGAGCGCACGGCCACCGCCGGGAGGCUGCUCUACGACAUGUUUGUGAAUUUCCCAGACCAGCCGGUGGUGUGGAGAGAAAUCAGCAUUAUUACAUCAGCUUUAAGGAAUGAUUCACAAGAUAAACAAACUCAAUUUUUAAGAAGUUUAUUUGAAACCCUUCCUGGCCGUGUCCAGUGCGAGAUGCUACUGAAGGUCACGGAGCAAUGCUUCAACACGUUGGAGCGAUCGGAAAUGCUGCUGCUGCUGUUGAGGCGCUUCCCUGAAACCGUGGUGCAGCAUGGGGUGAGCUUCGCGCCUUUCCUGUCCUUUAGGGGAGACCGUAAUGGAUCGUGA